UCUCAUUCAGUUCCUGUUUGUAGCUCUUAGCUUUCUGUGAAGGCAGACACCGUGCAGACAGCUUAACGUUUUUGCUGACUCUUGGAAUCUGUUUGGGUGAAGGAUGCCCUCACAGCUCCUACUUGUGUGUACACACGUGUGCACGGGAUUCUGCACCUUGCUGUGAGAACUCUCAUCUGGAAGAACAAUGGUGGACUGUGUGGCAAACUCUUUAGAGUCUCAGGAAAUGAUCUAAGAUGCAGCACACCUCUUGCACUGAGGAUCGCAUCCAUCAUGCCCUGGAGAGAUGUCUGCAUGGCCUUGGCAGAGCAGCUUCGCUUGCCGAGUCCUGGACUGCCACCCUGUGUAUGAAUCGCUGGAGCCUGGAGGAGCUAGUCAGCAGAGACCCCGAAAACUUUCUCAUUCUACUCCAGCAGAUCUUGAAGAGAGCCAAAGAGAUCCAGGAUACCUGUGAGUAUAAGCUAGUCAUCCCAUUGAACCUGAUGUUCUUCUCCACUCUUCUGCGGACACCCUUCUUUCCCCGGGAUGGACAGCUUCUCAGAGAGGCCUACCAUGUCUUCUACGAUUUCCUUACAUGGCCUGAGCCAUACUGCAGCGUCAGCCAAGACUUGCUGACUAUCAUCCAGGAGGAAAUGAAGGCUCCAGGAAUCUCCUACCACCGGCUCGUCCGAGAGGAACAGGGCUUGACCACGAACAGUUGUCACAGCAAAACCAUAACGGUUCUGCUGAUGAACAUGGACGACAUCCCCAGUGAGUUCCAAGUAGUAACGGAGCAGCUGAGCAGCAUCACGUAUUCCAAAGCAGACAGUUACAUUACUCUUGUUCAGCAUGCCUUCCAGAGCGUCUUUGGGAACAGGAUCUCUCUCAGACAAAUGAAGAAGGAGCUGGAGUCAAAGACUUUAGAGGAGCUGUCCCAUUUUUUUAUGGAGGUCAGUGAAGUUCUGGAAACAGCAGCAGGCUGGCCUGAUUAUAUGAAUGCGAGGCAACUUGUGGAGACCAAACUGGAGCAGCUGAGUGCGGAGAUGGGCAUUGUGGUGCAAAAUAGCUGUGCCAUGGAAGGGCUCAAAUCAAGACACACAUUACAGACUAUCCAGCUACCAGUGGCCAAAUGCCUCAAGUAUCACUGGGAUAAGGAUAACUUCGACGUAUUAAAUGAAAUACUCUUAAAUGAGUGUAAUAUUCCCUCAACAAAUUCUGCGCAGCCUGAUGUAGAGGAUGAUGUGGACAAUGACCAAGAGGACAUUGAGGAGGACGAGGAAAUCACCCGCAUUGAUCACCGGGCUUCCACCAUCUCAACCUAUUCCACUGUAUCAACAGCUUCCAAGGACUCUAUGUUCUCCACGUAUUCUAUUGCCUCCAACCACUCGGCACCUUCGAUAUCAUCGUUUGCUUCAGGAGUAGACAGUGACUUUUGUGAAGACACCGAUGAGGAAAGUCGACAUGAGAGGCAAACAAAGACCAAGACCACGUUGACCCGCCGUUUUUCCAAGCUCUUCAAAAACCGGAGAAGCACAACCUUACGGCGGACUGAGAGUUUGGGGAACCCUGAGUCCAGAAACUCAUUACCCUUUAAGUCACAAAGGUCCAACUCCUUACCCCAGCAGGUGCGCCUGCAAAGCGCAGAGCGGCAGUUUCUCCGUAACGCUUUCUACCGCAGGAGGCCUUUUCUUAGUUGUGAUGAAGACAGCAAGACCACUAGGGUGCGGGUGGUUGUGUUUGGCGCAGACCAGAUUUCGGGAAAAAUUGCCAGGGCCUACAGUAACCUCAGACUGCAAGAGAGCAGCUGCCCUCAUCUUACCAGGUACUUUAAACUGCAGUUCUUCUAUGUGCCCGUCAAGAGAAGCCUGGGCAUUUCCCCUAUGGGGCAGCCGUCCAUGCCCUCCAAUUUAUUAGACAGUCCUUCCAAAUCUGCAGCCCAGUUGGAGUCCAGCCUUGCACUUCUAGAAGACAGCACCAAUGACAUCGCCCACUAUAUUGGUGCCCUGGACCCCUGGUACAACUGCAACGUUCUGAGUCUGCUGAACUUACCUACUGACGUCCUUUGCCAGCAGGCAUCCAAGCCUGAAGCAGUGUGCCAAAAUGGUUCCAAGGAGAAGCUUCCUAUUUUGGCAGAUAUGGUCCUGUAUUACUGCAGACAUGCCACUCGUGCUGUUCUGGUUCAGCUGUACCAGGCUGAGUUAACUCUGGCUGGUGGGGAGAAGAGGAGGGAGGUGUUUAUCCAUUCACUGGAACUGGGCCACACUGCAGGAAUCCGUGCAAUUAAAGCUUCAGGUCCUGGAUCCAAGCGGUUUGGGAUCGACGGUGAUCGGGAGGCUGUCCCAUUAACACUACACAUUGUCUACAGUAAAGUGGCAGUCAGUGGCCGGAGUCAAUGCAUCACAGUGGAUAAGGUGUGCACCUCCAUAAACUUCACCAAAGCUUGCAGACGGCCGGAGGAGCUGGAUUCCAAAAUGGAGUGCCUUCAGCUUACCAUGAUGGAAGUGAUCAAAAGACAAAACUCCAGGUCCAGGAUGGGUUACAAUCAGCAAAUCCAUGCCAGUCAAGUGAAAGUGGACAAGGUUCAAGUGGUAGGGGGCAGCAAUACUACAUUUGCCGUUUGCUUCGACCAGGAUGAGAAGAAGAUUAUGCAGAGCGUGACACAAUGCGAGGUGUCGGUGUGCUACAAACCAGAAAGCAGCAUCAAUUGGAGGGUCCGCAAGCCCCCGCCUCUCCAGAUGCAGUUCCAGCAGUCGGACGUCUGCUCCCUCCUCUGCCUCCCCAUCUCCACCUUCAGUGGAGCACUCUUCUGAAGAGACCAGAGUCUCACGGUACUUUGUUCUCGUAGUGGAGCAAGGUGGAUUUUAGAUUUACUCUUCACGGGUGGGUAGCAGGGCUAACUGUUUGUCCUGACACAUUCAUGCACUUGCUUAACUGGGAGCCUCAAGUUGCCACUCUCAGCUAGAAUACCCAGUUUUUGAAUUGGACCUUCUUCCUUUUCUCUGGGCACCAUCACUUUGUAUCACUUUUUAUUCUUCCUGUAUCGUCUGCUCACAUUGAGCACGUUGGAGAAAGAAAAUCAGUGCUAAAGUUUUGGACGAUCUCCAUCCUUGGGGUUCUCCAUGGACGAUAAGUGAGGACAGUAAAACCACAGAGCAUAUACUGGGUUUUGUUACAGCCGGCCCUUUCUGAAUUUCUCCACCUUGUUUGUAAAAUCAGAAGUGGGUUUUGAACUCGGCCCAUCCUUCAAUGUCUUUUGGCCAUAAUCUUUGGUGAAGUACUCUUUAACGCCUUUCUUGAUAAAGCCUCCCGUACUUUUCGUCUUUAUGGAAAUCCUCAGCUGUUGUGCAGUUUUAACUAAAUUCAUAACCAUGAAUGUUCACUCACUAUGUUCAAUGUCCAGUUAGACCCAAAUUCCGUUACUACUGUGAAAGAAUCCAUGAAAGGUCGCUGGUUCCUAAAGCACUGAGGCAAAGACGUCACAUGAGAAGAUGAUACUUGGGAGAUCACGUCAAGUACGUUGACUGGAUGGGAUAGACGAGUGUGUUAAAGCGAAGCCUGUUCACUGUCUCAUGGGAUGUCGUAGAAACCCGCAUUCUGAUUUCAGAGACACGAGGAGCCUAGUUAAGAGGGGAUUUCAAUUGGAAACUUUGGCUGGAAUGAAAACCAACAGCCAUCAAAACUCUCCAGCAAUGGAGCCCGAAUUCCCCCUGAGUUAAGUCAAGGCAGGUCACAGGACAUCCCAAGCCUAACUUUGUACAGCAUCAUAUGUGUCACUCCUGAUAGUCUCCUUGCACACCACCUGCCACCACGGGUUUGGGUGAUGUUUCAUGAUGUAUCAUCUGUUAUGAAACUGAAAUACUCGGCAUUUCACUUCAGUGGCGAAAUGAGCUAAACUAAAUGAUCCAUCCAUUAGUUAUUGUAUGUGCUUAUAUGAAAUAAUUAUCUUCAGGAAACUGUAGGAGAUGAGGUCCACUCCAUGCUUUCUGGGUGGAGUUUUCCCCUUCUUCCUGUUUUUCCUCUCCCCAUCCCAUGAACUUGUUAUGACCCACAGAUCGCAAUUACUAAAAUGCAAGUCAUGAUAAUUAAUCCAAUAUGAAUGCGCAUUGUGAAUGACUGGUACCCCGUCCAGGGUGGUUCCUGCCUUGUACCCGCUGCUGCCAUUAUGCAGUGGCAAGGAAAAGUAUGUGAAGCCUUUGGAAUUGCCUGGUAUUCUGCAUUAAUUGUGAUCUGAUCUUCAUCAAAGUCACCAGUAUAGACAAACACGCUAUGUUUAAGCUAAUAACACACACACCAUUAUAAUAUUUCCUGUCUUUGUUGAACACAUCCAUCAAUUAUUCACAGUGUGAUGUGGAAAAACCCUUAGAUUUAAUAACUGGUUGAACAUCCUUUGGCGGCAAUCACCUCAAACUAGCACUUCCAGUAGCUGUGGAUCAGACUUGCACAACGUUUAGGAGGAAUUUUGGACCUUUCUUCCUUACAGUACGUUUUACAGCUGGGCCAUGUUUUUAGGACGUCUGGCUUGAAUGACUCUCUUGAGCCAAGUUUUAUUAAUUUUAUCGAAAUAAGUCCUCUGCAUUUUGACGCCUUAUGAUCUGCCUAUCGCUAUUAACAUUUUUUUUUAUUAUAUGCUGUACAAUCCCAUCCCUUGAGGCCAACUGUUAGGGUUAGACGAUGCGUUCUGACUCCACUUCCCUGACUCUUCAGUCGGUACAGCAUGCAAGGUCAUAAAUGGGGAAACAGAGAAUCCAGAGUCCAGCUUUCUUGAGCUCAUUCCACAGCAUCUCCAUUGGACUCUGACCGGGCCACUCCAAAAAGUGAAUUUUUCUACUUGUUGAAUCCAUUCUGUGAUAGGUUUACUUUGAUGUUUAGGGCUAUCAUCUUGCUGCAUCACCCAACUUCUGUUGAGCUUCAUCUGAAGGACAUCCACCCUAGCAGUAUCCUGCAGGAUACCUUAAGAAACAUGGGAAUUUAUUUUUCCCUUUCCCCUGUCCAUACCUUGAGGCACCAAAUCCUGAUGCUGCCUCCAUGGUUCUUUAUCAGUGUAAAGAUGCCUUCACAUUGGUGUGAGGUGCCCUUUUUAUGCCAUAAUGUAAUGCUGCGUACACCUCAUGAAAAUUUUGUCAUUGGUUUCAUCAGUCCACAAAAGAUUUUCCCAAUAGCAUUGUGGAGUGUCAAGGUGGUCUUUGGCAAACUUCAGGUUUUUGAAGAGCAGUAGCCUCCUCCUCGUCCUGCUAUGAACGCCAUGCUUGUUCAAUGCUUUACAUACUGUAGAAUCAUGAACGGAGAUGUUAACCUGUUCAAAUGAUUCCUUUAGCCAUUACUGUGGCUUCUUUGUAUCACACUGAACAUUCUGCAUUGUGCCUUUUGAGUCAUCUUGGCUGGCGGACACUUCUAGGAAAAGUAGACACGGCACUAAAACAUCUCGAUUUGUUGACUGAUGAAUGUCUAAAGCAGGGCUCUCUAACUCCAGUCCUGGAGACCUACUGUGGCUGCAGGUUUUCAUUCUAACCCUUUCUUAAUUAGUGACCAGUUUUUAG